AUGACGCUGUCCGAAGAAUUCAAGUCGAGGAAUUUCAGUAAGAAGGCCAGACAAGGAAGACACGGCAAUGCUGACCUUUGCCGUAGGACGGGCGUGAUCUGCAUACUCCUCUGCUUCGCACUUGGAAUUUCGAACCUUUUCAAUGCCAAUUGGGUCAUCGCGUUUAGUAUCGUGUGCCUAAUAUACGCGCCCAUCAUUCUGUUCCUCGAAGUCCCACUGCUCCUCCGAAUCUGCCCGACGUCACCCAAGUUCGACACUUUCAUUCGAAAAUUCGAGACCAACUUCCUCCGCGCCGGUCUCUACGCCGCCAUGAGCGCAGUGCAGUGGGCUAGCAUUGCCGCAAGAGUGACCAGCUUGAUCGCUGCUGCCGUGGUUCUGUUGUUCGCUGCCAUUUUCUACGCGCUUGCCGGUCUCAAGGGGCAGGCAUUCCAGGGCAGCAAGACCUUGGGCGGACAAGGCGUCGCGCAGAUGAUCAUCUAA